AUGUCUGCUGUUGCUAAAAGUACUUUCACUAAGUUGGACUGGGCCAAGGUUGUCUCCACAUUGGGAUUGACCGGUUCUACCGCUUCAGCAUUGACUGCUUUCAAGAAGAGAUCUGAAGAUGCUCAAAAGGAGCACUUGUCUUUGGCUUCUCAACCUACUGAGGUUGAUUUUGCUGAUUACAGAUCAGUUUUGAAGAACACUAAAGUUGUUGACGAAAUUGAAAAGGCCGUUUCUUCAUUCAAGCCUGUUACUAUUGAUGUCUCCAAGAACAUCAAGUCCAUCGAGAUUUUUGAAUCUAAGGCCAUUGAAAAUGCCAAGUUGACUGAAAAGUCUGUUUUAGAUGAAAUCAAGCAAUUGCAAGACACAUUGAAGGACAUUGAAUCUUCUAGACCAUUCGACCAAUUAACUGUUGAUGACGUUGCUAAGGUAAGACCUGACUUGGACGAAAAGGUCACUUACAUGGUUAAAAAUGGUAAGUGGGAAGUCCCAGGUUACAAGGAGAAGUUUGGUGACUUGACUGUCAUGUAA